CACACACACACACACACUUUUUUCACCAUCGGAUCAAUAAAGUUUUAUAAUUAAUUGGUUGAUUAUAUCUCGUAUUAAUAAUCUAAAUCUGCAAAAUAAAUAUAGUGCAGUAAAGAGUACAAUAUUUCCCUCUGAGAUGUAGAAGAAAAAUAAAUAUAGUACAUUUAACUGGUUUCUUUAGUGGUUUAGUAUAAUGACAAUACAGCUGAACCUUGAAACCUUAAAAACAACAUCCAACAUUUCAGACUUCUUAGAAAAGUCCAGAUAUGCAUAUUUAUAAUGUGUAGAACAUAAAUACUUUGCACUAAAAUGUCAAGAUUAUGACCUGAAUACAUCAACACCACUAUUAAAUACACAUAUAUGUUGUUUCAGCUGUUCCUGGGGAUUAGUCACUAUGUAAACAUGUUCUAGUAGAAACCAGAAAUACAAGUAUGAACCUGAAAAUGACAAAAGUGGUUUCUGGGUUUCUGGGGAUUAGUCACUUUUUAAAGAGACAGGCGCUAAAACGGGGCGUUUCAGACAGACAAGAUAACAAAAAUAAUGUUCUUUGAACAUUAAAGCAUAUAAAAAUGUUCUAGUAGGAACCUAAAACAUAAAUAUGUACCUGAAUAUGAGAAUAUGUCCUAUUUAAUUAUUGUAGUUGGGUGAACUGGCCCUUUAAGUAAAAUAUUGAAUGGAGGACUUUUAUACUUUCAUGUUGCUACUUUUACUUAACAUGGAGCCAUUGUUUGGCUUAUUUUGUUGCAUUGAGGGAGAAGAUUUGUUUGAUAGAGGCACACGAAACAAAACCAGCGACUAAAAGAGAGAGGGAGAGAGGGAGAGAGGGAGAGGGAGUCAAUCGGAGCGAGCUAAGCCUUCCUCUCAGUGUUGGGAGGAAGCGAGGGGAGAAGGAGGCUCUACACAGUAAAUCUCAUCUAAAGCGCUGGGACAAGAAUAGCAGGAUGAGCUCAAGCGGCCUCACAUGCGAACCAGAGAUGUGAUGGAUGAUGGAUGGAGGCGGAGAGCGACGGGGCGUCUAGACGGAGCAGGAAGACACGUUUUCAUAUUUCUGAAGAAACUAAAAGGUGGAUAUGUAGGCGAGGGUCAUGGAGAGGGAAAAAACUGCUUUCUGCAUGGAAGUUAUGUGUGCAACUUAAAAUGAGUAACAAUAAGCUCUCAGCUCGCAAACAGGAGAUCAUAAAGAUCACAGAGCAGCUGAUCGAAGCUGUCAACAAUGGAGACUUUGAGGCGUACGCGAAGAUCUGCGACCCUGGUCUCACCUCGUUUGAGCCUGAGGGGCUCGGUAAUCUGGUGGAGGGAAUGGACUUCCACAGAUUCUACUUUGACAAUCUGCUCUCCAAGAACAGCAAACCCAUCCACACCACCAUCCUCAACCCCCACGUGCACAUGAUCGGUGACGAGGCCGCCUGCAUCGCCUACAUCCGCCUGACGCAGUUCGUCGAUGGGCAGGGCCAACCCCGCUCCAGCCAAUCAGAGGAGACCCGAGUGUGGCACCGCAGAGAGAGCCGGUGGCAAAACGUCCACUUCCACUGCUCGGGAGCUCCCGCUGCCCCGCUGCAGGGAUGAGCUGUACGAGCCUGAUGAGGAGUAAGAGGACAAUCUGAGAGAUAGAGCUGCAGCUGGAUGGAGAUGGAUUGUGGCUUAAAGAAGUCUGAAGAGUCUGAUUUUUUUUUUGGGGGGGAUCGUGGUCGUCCACCUCGUUCUUCUGUCUCUCCAACAACAGACAUCUUCAUCAUCAAACCUGCACUACAGCAGCCCCCCCCCCCCCCCCAACAAAAGAAAAGGAAACUGUUCCACCUGCGUCUUUGUCUUCAGUUUGUGGCUGCGAGGCGCCCGACACACCUGGACAACACCUGACCUCCUCUUCUUCAUCUUCAUCCCUGAAGAUUGACCCUUUUACUUCUCCUCACACACAACAUUAUCGUUACUUAACUUCUGGUGUUAUUAUGGCUGCAGUCUGUUGUGCUCUUUCGACUGUGCAGUAUAUUUAUUAGUCAUUUUAAACCUUUCAUUCUUGUAUCUAUCGAUUUAUUUAUUUUUUAAUAACGAGCAUGACUCCUACCUGUGUUCUUAAUACCAGUGGCUGUUUUUUUUCUGCACGACUGUAAAGCUGCCUGUGUGAAAACGAACAAAACAGCCCCACACGUGUCUCACAGGGAGACGAGAGAGGCACCAGUGGGGGUGUUUUUAAUUAUCCGUUCUGUUUAUUUCAAUGGAGCUUUUAUUUAUUUCUCUGGAGAGUGUAUAGUUGAACCUGAACCGACGCCUCCGUGUGUUGACCGAACCCCCCCCCCCGAACCGCAGUGAAAACCAAGCAGCAUGCCAACAAUAUUACCGUCGUUCUGCAUUGAUUCUCUGUGUACUGAACAUUGCAAACUAGCUACUGAAAUUAUAACAAUGGUUGAAAAUGAUAGUAUCACGCUGUUUAUGUAAAUUUCAUCGUGGUGACUUGACAAUUAUGCUGUAGAUGGUAUUUAAUUGCAUGAUAUUGCAAGUUCAUAACAUUGGUGAGUUGGGUGUUAUCGUGCAUUUUUGAUUUUCUUCUCUUUUUGGACUGGUGCGCUAUAAUCUAUUGCCUCUACUUUCUGGGCUUUGUAAGUGCAUAAACUAUUUUUUUGUGUUGACAUGAUGAGUGUAGCGGUGAGGAUCAAGACAGAACAUGACUUUUAGAGAAAUGCUGGAUCCAGAUCAGGUUUUAAAAUAGCUCUUCGCUGAAUCAAAGACAAAAAAUACCCCAAACCACCAAGUUAGAUUUCACAUCAGGAUCUUAGUUUAGGUUAUUCUCUAAUUCUUUACAUGCAGAUUUUUGCUUUGCACACACACACACACACACACACACAAAAAAAAGACAGGAUUUUAGAAAACCAGAUUUGACCAAACACCAGAAAUAUCGUUUCAAAAACAAUUUAUUUAUUCAAGUUAAGAGGCUUCUGUCUUGUGAGAACCUUCGUCUUUGUGACAAAGCACUAACCCGUCCUCUAGAGGGCGCCACUGUCUACCACACAACAGAGAAUUACUGUAAAUCUAAGUCAAAGACAGGGUUCAGCAUACAGUUGUGAUCUUUGCUGCAUCUGAUGAGCUGAGUGUGAGGAAGACGAAAACAAACAGACGGUCGUCCCAGUUAUGAGUUUCAAACAACAUUCAGAAGGAUUUUGCGAUCACUUCAACGUGCAAAACUGUAAAUACAUUAAACAAAAUCAAGAGUACAGAGAAUAAAAUAUCCAACAAUAAAACAUAUGGAUAAAGAUAAUUAGAGUUAAAUAAGCUAAUCAAAUAUUUGAGCUUUUUAAAAAUCACACGUGAGAAGCCAAAGUUUAUUUGUUUCACAUUUCAGAAAUAAUGCAAUUCAAGGAGCUUUACAUAAAAAAUGAGAAGACAAAGUGCAAAAUAAACACGUUAUUGAGAGACAUUUAAAUACAAUUUAAAACGGUUAUUAAAAAGCCAAGAGUAUAGAAAAAUACAAACAAGCUCAAAUAGAAUAAGACAAGUAUAACAUGCAAGAAUAAAAGCUGCAAUUGUUUAAUAAAAAAAGUUGAGUUAAAAGAAGGGAGAGUUUGUUCCAGAGAGAUGGUGCAUAAAUAAAAUAAUAGAAUAAGUUGUAAUUAUUGAAGCUCUUGCUGAUAUGUGCUGUCUGUAUUCUAAUGUUCUGAUCGACAGCGUUUUGUGGUUAAAAAUAAGAAUUUAGCGAGUCAGUUUAUCUCUUUAAAACAUUGGAACUAAACCUAAAACACUGAAAAUCAAAUUCACAAUGUAACUCUGUGUUUUAUUCUCGUUAAGAAACCUGCAUCAUAACCACACCGACACGCUGCAGCUUCUUUAUUUAUGUGUCAUGUUCAAUGGGAUUACUCACUGAGCUUCAUGUAAUCCUGACUCCAUUCAUCAGUAUUUGGACACUCGGACGCUAUUUGAACUUCUUCAGAAGAGCCUCUGCACUUGUUUCCUCUUUGAGACUGUGACCGAACGCUUCUGUGUGUGAAACAAAAGCUUCUCUGCUUUCUUUUCUUUAAAGAUGUAUUAUCCUGGCAAUGGUGACAAUGGUGUGCAUUCCAAGUCUUAUCAAUAUUAAAGAUGUGAUCAGAUGUAAUCAGUGUGUGAACCAAUAAAAAUGACAACGCAGAGAGCUGUG